AUGACCUCAACUACUACCACCACUAAAUCUUCCAAUGGUCAACAACAACAAAUUAAAACUCCAUUAAAGAAAGAAGAACUUGAACAAAUCGCUAAACAAUUGAAAAAGAAAUUAUCGAAAGCUGGUUUAACUGCAAAACAAUCAUUAUCACCAACUAAUUUGAAAUCAAAUAAUAAUAAUAAUAAUAAUGGAAUAAAUUCAAAUAAUACAACACCAAUUUCAUUACCUAAAUCAUCACCAUUAAAAAGUUACAUAGUGAAUAAAAAUAGAAAUUCAAGUCAUUCAAAUUUAAAUAAUUUUAGUCCAAUUUCAUCAUCUCCAUUAUAUUCACCAAAUAAUAAAUCACCAACUCAUAUGAAAACUCCUGCUGCUGCUAUGUAUUUAUCAUCAUCUCCAUUGAAAAAUCAAACUAUAAGUGAAGAAUCACAAGAAUCUUCACCAACCAAGAAAAGGAAAACAUCACCUAGUAAAAUGAUUCUUGAAGAAUUAAGUCCAAAUAGUAAAAAAGAGUCAAGUAUAUCAUCAUUGAAACCAUCAAUAGAUUUAAAAAGUUCACCAAUUGAAAGAAAACAACAAGAAAAUCAACAACAACAUCCACAAACAACUCCCAAAAUGGCUAAUAAAGAAAUUUGCAGUACUCCAAAGGCAAGAACUAGAAAUGACUCAGAAGGUGCUGAUUUAUUGUUAUAUUUAGCUACUUCUCCAUCACCCGCAAAACAAUCAUAUUAUAGUAAUACACCAAAACAACAACAUAAAUCACCACCACCAUCACAACCAACUCAAACUGCGAAUACUAGUAAUGUACCACAAUUUGUAGUACCUCCACCACCAGUUACACCAAAAAGAGUAGGUUCAUCAUCAAUAAGUAAUAAUUUAUCAAAAACACCACAAAGAUUAACUCCAUUCAUGAGUAUUGCAAAUAAUAAUGGACUACCAUCAUCUGGUUUAACUUUAACACCAACUGGGUUUAAUAUGUCUGAUUAUGUUAAUAUUUUUACUCCAUCUCCAGGAAGUUUAUUAAAUAAAAAUUUAUUAAAAACUCCAGAUUUUAAUAAUUUAUUAAAUGGUAAUCAAACACCAAGAGGUAGUUCAAAGGUAGAUGGGAAAUUGUUAAAUUUUAAUAAAAUGCUAUUUAGUAAUCAUAGUGAUUCAAAGGAAUAA